GUUAUUUUUCCUGUUAUCGUAACAGCGAGUUUUGUUAGCACUCCAAAUGGCGGCGGUAAAUGCGCAAGUACCCGAGAUGAGGUUAUUUUAAGCAAGUUAAAGGCUCGGAAAUUAUCGCAGUUUGACUAAAUUCAAAGGCGAUCUUGUUGAGAAGAUGGAUACAACAGUGUCAAGCAGUGAAGACACUUCAAGUGGUAUACAGUAUGGACAUGCAACUGUCACUUCAAGCCACAUGAUGUUAAUAUGUGAUGACGUAGGCGCAUCCUGGAGAGACCUGGGUACUCAGUUGAGGCUUCCAUCGGCUGUGGUUCGUAAUGUUGAGAAUGAUUACACCAAAUGUCGAGAAAGGGCGUGGCAAGUCCUUGACAGAUGGAAACAGAGAAACGGAACAGGAGCAACUUUAGGAAAUCUUACCGAUGCUCUGGAGAAGAUAGGGAAGCGAAAUGCCGCUCAAAGGCUGGUUGAAACAGAGAAAGUGGAGGCAGGGUUAAAUUGCGCCCGAGUUCAAAGUUCAAAAUUACGAAGGGAAGUUGACCUUUUGAGGACAGGUCUACAGAACGAGAAAAAGAAACAGGACACCACAAUCAAAGAACUCCGAGAAUUUACCAAAAGCCUGCAAGAAAUGCUCACAGAAAAGGGUGAAGAUGAGAGACAACACAUAGAAACAAGGGUCCAAGGCUUAGAAACCACAAUUAAACGGCUGGAAACGUACCUUUCGACUGAAAAAAACGCCGACAACGAAGUUCUGAUGCAGGAAACGACCCGCUUGGGAAAAAUCUGCGACCAAAUGGAAGAGGGUCUACGGGUUGUGCAAGAGAACAUCAAAAUGAUCUCUGAAAACCAGAAGGAACUCUCAGGAAAGUCAUUAGAACCCGACAACAAUGCAUCGGAGGAUUCAACCGAGAGGCGUUUAAGUGCAAGACAGCGGGGCCAGAAAGACGCCGGGCAAAGAUAUGGGGACAGGCAAAAAAACGAGGGAGCAACGAUACAACUUUUGUAUGAAGGCAGCCAGGCAUGUUUGCGAUGUCCUGAUUUGGAAAAGGAACUCAACGAUAUAAAGACAAAAAGAGAAACAAUAAAAAACAAAAUCAGCCAAUUAGAGCUCAAGCACAAAGAAGAUAAGAAGAAAUGGGACGAAGAUAAAAAAGAAAAGGAUAAGAAAAUCAAAGAAAACGAGCUUGAGAUUGGCAACUUAAAGAAAACGACCGAAAAACAGCAGAAGCAAAAAGAAAGACUCUCCAAAAAGAAAGCUGAAAUGGAGAAAAAGAAAAAUGAAGUCAUGGAAGAAAAUAAGAAAAUCAUGGCACGGAUUGACAGGUUAUUGGCCGAGAAGGAAGAGCUGGAAAAGGCGUUACAAGUUCAAACCGGUGCAAAAGAACAGGAACGACUAAAAGCUGAAAACGGUAUGUUGCUGACUAGAAUUGAACAGCUCACCAAAAAAAUGAACAACAGUGAGCUGGAGUGCAAGAGGCUUCACGAGGAGCUUAAGAAGUACAUCAACUUCGAAAGUCGAGUGUUCUUACCUACUGGAAAGGAGUUUGCCACAAACUGCCCUGGUGUUAUAUGCAGUUUGAAGAGAGAUGCUUCAUCAAAACUUCUUGCUUCUAGGUCUUCUGAUGGGCCAGGAAAAGCAAGCGACAUAUUUGACCAUCAAAAAGGAACUACGAGUGGAACAGAAGAGAGGAAAGAUUCAUGGUGGUCCAUCGAUCUGGGCUCAUGCCAUCGGCUUGUCAUCACACACUACUCUUUGAGACACGGCAAAAGAGAUGGAGAGUCAGUCCUUACCCAUUGGCAACUGGAGGGAUCCAAUGAUGGAAUGAACUGGACAAAACUUGAAACUAAUUAUAAAAAGGUAGAUCCACCCCGCUUCAGAGAUCCUCAUCCAUAUUAUACAGGCACCUGGUCGGUUGAAGGCAAAAUGGGAGCUUUCCGUUUUUUUCGAAUUUUCCAAACGGGAAGAAAUUCCUCCCACAAAUAUGGAAUCUACCUGUCCGGAAUUGAGCUGUUUGGGGUACUUCUUAACAUCUAGAAGCUUCCAGCCCUAGAGAUCUUCAUCUUUACAACUUUUAAAUAGUAAAGGCCCAAGUAGUUCACUUAACUAUCAGAAACCAACAUAUUGGUAUCUAAAGCUACCAACAAUUAAACUUUUAAAUUAGAUUCAGAGGGUUACACAUCCCUUCAAUGUAGAAACAUUAUAGGAGGAUCUUAAAGUCAUUUUUAGUCCUAUUCUUGUCUUCGUACAGUCCUUGGCUCCAUAUUAGUUCUUUAACUUCCAACAUCUGACUGUCACCUCUAGCUGCUACACAUAUGUCUUUCCAUCAGUUAGAAUAUACGAGAAUUAAGUGUUACAUCAAGAUAACAAGCUCUACCUGAUAAGUUUGAGUAUUCUCAUUACCUGUUUUCGGGAUAAUAUAUAGAUAACAGAGGGAGAAGUUACCUGUUAAUCAGUUCCAGGAGUUAAGGGUUGAUAUCGGUGGCUGAAAGGAAAAGCCAAUGCGAAGGCACUUUACAUUCGGCCGAAAAUCCUCGUUUUGAAAUUACGUUUCUAUGAAAUUUUUCUGUUAUAUAUUGAUCCUCAGCACUUUUACGUUGAGCGCCGAAAAUUCCUGUGAUUGAGAAAUGGUCCUGGAUCAGCCUCUGCUAAAACCUUUAAGUUUUAGUCUGAAGACAAAAUGUCCACUAAAGCGGUUAAAAUUCAUCCCUACUAAAAACAUUUAAUACUAAUAUAUACUUGAACCGAUGGGAACAGAGACAUAUGGGAUAUGUAUACCUCUGAAAGUUGUCAAUUAUCUGCAGAAAAUAUCUGGUCAAAACGUACAUACCACAUCCAUUUUAAUCAGUUGGACUGCGAAUUUUGGCUGAUUGGAAAGUGCCUCUUUAGGUUUACAAGAUAUCGAGAUCCAUGGUUGUUGAAGCAAUUUUUCUUCUUACAAAUGCGAUUGAAAGUAAAUGUAACUGCAACCUUUUCUCAGGUCCAUCCAAUUAAAAAUUAAGAUUAUUUUUUUCUGAAUAUCGAUUGACAUUACAAUCAACAAUGACGAAAAUGGAAUGUAUUGUUAAAGUAGUAAACAAAGUUGAAUUCCAGCAGACUUAGAUCAAUACGGCUUUGACAAUGCACGCGGGCAAAGAAGCCCACAAAGCGAAAUAUUAUGAUGUUUUACUGUAAUUUCCAUUCUGGAUAGGACUUAAGAACAAGAUGUCGUGUGUAAGCACACGCGAGAAGCGAGGAAAAGGGCAAGUGUCUCCUCUUGCUCGUGUCUUUUCAACUUUUGAAGAAAGAGUUACGUUUGAUAAAAUAGAGUUUCGUUUGGAAUGAGAGCCACUCUACCAACAAAUCCGAAUAUAAUAAUAAUAUUUUAAAGGCCA